CACACUUUUAAUACCUAGCAUAUUCCGCCACAGCAGAAAUCGAGAUCGGGGUCAGCCUCGCAGGAUGCGUUCUUUCCUGUCGGCACCUGUAUGUCCAGCAUGUCAAUUCGCAGCGAAGAGUCGAACUAUUAUCCCGGUUACCUCUCGAACAUGGGCAGCGCAAAGAUUCUUCUCUGGUCGAGCGAGACCUGGUCCCUCGAGAAUGGUGCUGUCUGAUCGCGUGGCACGUCCCCCACGAGAUGCCCAGGACCGUGAUAGCCCAACACCUCGCCGAAGAUCGCAAGGGCCGUUUGGCGGCAUGAAUCAGACAUAUGCCAACAUACGGGAAGGUGAACCGAGAAAAUCGUUCCGAAACCAAGAAGAUAGAGGCGGCGGGGAUAGGAGGGGCGGCCAAAAGGAUGAGCGGAGGAUCAAAGCCAUGAAGAUGCGGGGCUCACUGGCGACAAUACCAUAUGGCCAUAGGACAAGAACGAAAGCGAGUGUGGCAGAACUACAGUCAUUUGACAAAUUCGACCUCCUGCCCUCUAUCAAAGAAGCCAUAUCCGAGGAUGCGCUGAAAGGCAUGGUUGACAUAAAACCUACCCCCAUCCAACGUCUCGCUAUUCCAACCUUGCUCGGUCAGAAUAUAGGCCGGCGGUCUUCUCGAACAAAUAAUCUCGACCAGAGGCAAGAAUUCCUCCUAGCAGCCGAAACUGGCUCGGGCAAGACUUUGGCCUACCUUUUACCCGUAAUUGAUGCUCUCAAGAAGGCGGAAGCGGCCGAUCCUGCUAUUGCCGCUUACCGAGAAUACUUCGCAAAACAGAUGGAAGCAAUGAAGGAACCAGGAUAUACAGGUCCCCGCGAAUUUGAUCCUCAUCCGACUACAGCAAGACCAAAGGUCGUUAUACUGGUGCCAACGGCUGAGCUCGUCGACCAGAUAGGCAGCGUCGCUAAGAAAUUAUCGCAUCUAGUCAAGUUCAGGGCGAGUCUUUUCUCCGCCAACUAUUCGGCCGUUGUUAUAAACGCGAACAUGUACAAACCCUCGGGAAUCGACCUCGCUGUGGCAACACCUCACUUAUUGGCAUCAAUCGCGGACUCGGAUCCUAAUGUUCUAUCUAGGGUCAGCCAUCUGGUGGUAGAUGAAGCUGAUUCUCUUUUCGAUCGUAGUUUUGCCCCUGUAACAACAUCUAUCUUGGAUCGCGCCUUGCCCUCCCUGAAGCAACUCAUCCUGUGUUCCGCCACCAUACCCAAAAAACUCGAGAGCUACUUGGCUUCUGAAUUCCCAGCCAUGGUCCGACUCACCACACCAAAUCUUCACGCUAUUCCUCGCCGUGUUCAACUAGGAGUCAUCGACGUGGUGAAGGACCCCUACCGAAAUAACAAAGACCUUGCCUGCGCGGACGCCAUCUGGUCUAUUGGUAAAGAUGCAGUGCAGCACGAGAGCGCCGAGCCCGGGGAAGUAGACGUUAAGCGCAUCAUGGUUUUCGUCAACGAGCGCGAAAAGACGCAGGAGGUGGCCAAUUACCUUGUUUCCAAGGGGAUCGACGCUGUUGCGCUUCACCGAGACACAGCUGAGCACCGGCAAUCGGAGAUGCUAGAUUCGUUUACAAGCACUACACCGAUGAAGGUCACGAUGGAAAAGUCGGCUGUCCCUCCGCCCGGCAAGGGGCGACGGGUUUUGCAAAACACCAAAGUUAUCGUGGCCACGGACCUAGCUUCGCGAGGAAUCGAUACCUUGGCAGUUCGUCACGUAAUAUUGUAUGAUGUGCCUCAUAGUACUAUUGAUUUCAUACACCGGCUAGGCCGAGCGGGUCGUAUGGGCAGGAGAGGACGGGGAGUCGUCUUGGUGGGCAAAGAUGACCGGAAAGAUAUCGUGGCCGAGGUUAGGGAAAGCAUGUACAUGGGCCAGGCGCUGAUUUAGAGAUGGAUAACUAUAUAAAAAAAGUCAGCAGGGUGCGACUCUGUAUAACAGGAACCUGUAUAUCAACUCUAUGAACUCAAGAUAUUCUUGGACAAUGUUCUCUGCGCAUCUCCGUGUCAUUUGUUGGCCAUAAGUCUCCUUCCGUGUAAGAAAAGGGCCCCAAAGC